AUGGCUGCUAAAAAGGGACCCAUAUACACGACCUCCAACGGCCGCCCGAUCACCUUUGCCACCGCCUCACAACGCCUGGGCAACAACGGUCCUCUUCUUCUCCAGGACUUUCACCUCCUCGACCUUCUCGCACACUUCGAUAGAGAACGUAUUCCCGAACGGGUGGUCCACGCUAAGGGUGCCGGAGCAUUUGGAGAAUUUGUGGUGACCCAUGAUGUUUCCGACAUUACAUCCGCCGACUUCCUCAAUGGCAUCGGCAAGACGACUAAAGUCGCUGCCCGCUUUUCCACAGUCGGGGGAGAAAAAGGCUCCGCCGACGCCGCCCGAGACCCACGAGGCUUCGCCGUCAAAUUCUACACGGAACAAGGAAACUAUGACUUCGUGGGAAACCAUACACCUGUCUUCUUCAUCCGCGAUGGCGCCAAGUUCCCCACGUUCAUCCAUACUCAAAAGCGCAAUCCACAAACCAACCUCAAAGACGCCACCAUGUUCUGGGACUUCCUAUCAAGUAACCAAGAGUCCGCCCACCAGGUAAUGCAAUUAUUCAGCGACCGAGGUACGCCGUACUCGUACCGACAUAUCAACGGAUACUCCGGACACACGUUCAAAUUCACCAAGGAGGAUGGCACGUUCAAAUACAUCAAGCUGCACUUCAAGACCGACCAGGCAUCCCGCGAUAUGAGCGUCGAGGACGCCACUACACGAGACCCGGACUUCGCGACCCAAGACCUCUUCGAGGCGAUCCAACGGGGCGAAUACCCUAGUUGGACCUUGUACGUGCAGGUGUUGGACCCAAAGGACACCGAGACUUUCCGCCGGAACAUCUUCGAUGUGACGAAGGUAUGGCCGCACAAAGACGUCCCAUUGAGACCCGUCGGCAAGAUGACCCUCCGGCGUAAUCCGGAGAACUACUUUGCGGAGGUCGAGCAACUGGCCUUCUCGCCCGCGCAUUUGGUUCCGGGCAUUGAACCCAGUGCCGACCCCAUGCUUCAGGCGAGGCUGUUUUCGUACUCUGACACGCAACGUCAUCGACUCGGUGUCAAUUAUCAGCAGAUCCCCGUCAAUGCACCGUUGCAUGCUUAUGCGCCCUUCCAACGCGACGGCUUCAUGGCCGUUGGCGCCGCCAACAACUACGGCUCUGCCCCUUCACAUCCCUCCUCGCUGCGACCAAACACUUACCUUCCCGUCGACACUGCCGAAAGAGCCUCACAUGAGACUUGGGUCGGCCGCGCCGUCCACGCGCUCCAACCCGUGACAGACGAGGACUUUGUCCAAGCGAAUGGACUCUGGGAAGUUCUCGGCCGCACGAAAGAUCAACAGGAGCAUUUCGUGCAUAAUGUCUCCGUGCACUUGUUCGCGGCUGUCAAGGAAGUCCGCGAGCGGACGUACGGCAUGUUUGAGCGUGUGAACCCCAAAUUGGGUGCUUGGGUGAGAAAGGAGACGGAAAAUGUUAGGAAGGACAAGGGGCUUGAUCUGGAGGAAUAG